UUUUACCGGACACUAAACAAGAGCCAAAACUCAGAAGCUAGCCGGAGCCUUCGCCAAGCCUGCAACUACAUAUAUAAACCAGAGCAGCCAUUGAAAAUACUCAACAGUACAAAUCAUUCACACUAUCUAUCAUGGAGUCCCCAAAUGUCAAAUACAUCUCGGAAUGCUUCAUCCAGCCACACCUUGCUUCAGAAGAAUCGAAGCAACCCUUUUACCUCACCCCCAGUGACCUCCCCAUGCUCUCCUUCCAUUACAUCCAGAAAGGCCUCCUCUUCACCAAACCUCCAGAAGCCAGAAACCCCUGUUUUGUCCAUACCCUUUUGGCCAAACUGAAGCACUCUCUUUCCCUCGCACUCGUUCACUUCUACCCUCUCGCCGGCCGCCUUGUCACGAAGAAGGAACAAGACCCUCAUCUGUACUUGGUCUAUGUGGACUGCAGCAACAGCCCCGGAGCCAAGUUCAUCCAUGCUUCUCUUGAAAUGUCUAUCUCUGACAUUCUCUCCCCAACUGAUGUGCCCUUGGUGGUUCAGUCCUUCUUUGAUCACGACAGGGCGGUCAACCACGACGGCCACUCAACGUCGUUGCUGACGGCUCAAGUGACGGAGUUGGUGGACGGCGUUUUCAUUGGGCUGUCAAUGAACCACUCUCUCGUUGACGGAACAUCUUACUGGAACUUCUUCAACACUUGGUCUGAGAUAUUCCAAGCGCAAAAUAACAACAUCACUCUUUCCAAUCCACCAGUAAUGGAUCGGUGGAUUCCUGAAGGUCUUGAUCCUAUUAUCAGCUUACCUUACACCGAGCCUAGUGAGUUCAUUGAUAGAUUCGAACCACCAAAACUCAGAGAAAGAAUGUUUCACUUCUCCUCGGAAUCCCUAGCCAAACUCAAAGCCAAGGCCAAUUCAGAGUGCAAUACUAGCAAAAUCUCCACCUUCCAGGCAUUGUCUGCUCUUCUCUGGAGGACUAUUACUCGAGCACGUGUUCUUCCUCCUGAUCAAGAAACCCGUUGCAAGUUGGCUGCGAAUAACAGAGCAAGACUAGACCCGCCAUUGGCUCCAAAUUACUUCGGCAACUCAGUCUAUCCCAUCACAUCAGAACCGAUCAAAGCUGGUGAGUUGCUUGAUCACGGGCUUGGAUGGGCCGCCUUGAAGGUUCACCGGGCUGUGGUAACGCUCAAUCACCAAGCUCUAAAAGGGUUUCUUGAUCACUGGUUAAAGUCUCCCGCUGUGUUUAGUCCGCGAUUUUUCGAUCCGUUUAGUGUGAUGAUGGGGAGUAGUCCAAGAUUCGACAUGUAUAGAAAUGAGUUUGGGAUGGGAAAAGCGGUGGCGCUUCGAAGUGGGUAUGCCAACAAGUUUAGUGGCAAAGUGUCGGCGUUUCAAGGGCGGGAAUCAGGAAGCAUUGACUUGGAGGUGUGUCUUCCUCCAGAGACAAUGGGGGCUCUUGAAUCUGAUGAUGAGUUUAUGGAAGCUGCUUCUGUAGCAAGUUAUGAUCAGUCAACUUAGUUUAAUUAAUCCUAUAUAUAUGCUUAAGCUGAAACUGUAUCAAGUUGCCAUGUUUAAGCUUCUUUACCUUCAGUCGAGCUGCUGUCAUUCUUCGGGAAAUUGUUUGGUGCUUCUAAACAAUUUAAGGAUAUACGAUUUAAUUUGAAAACCGAGAGAUAUAACUGCUUUUAAAGGUGAAGUUUAGGAUGUUUCAAGUAUUUAACCUAAUGAUUUUUCUAGCUACUUCCGUCAUUAAUCCGUUAUACUGAUUAGUAAACAAGCCUUGGGGCUACAUGGGAGAGCAGUUUUUUUGUGCCCAUCAUUGUAUGAUCUUAUUUGAAUGUAAUUGUGCUUCAAUAUACAAUUAAGACUUUGCAUUAAAGAUAGGUAACCUUUCGUCUAAAGGAGUUAGACUUUAUGUCCCCUCUUUACUCUUGUAUUCUUUUAUUUUACUUUUUAAAUAAAACUCAAUAGAGGUUUGGGCAUCUAACCCAUCCUCUGUUUAUC